AAGAAUUGUACAAAAUGUCUGCCUCUGCCCCGAAUUUGGUUCCAAAAUAUGAACCUGGUAUGUGUUGCUUUUGCCUUACUACGUUCAAGUCUGUUAGGUGAAAAGCUGUUGUGUUUUCAUGGACCUCUCUUGUAUGAGGCCAAGGUAACCUUCGAUUGUAUUUAUCCAUUCUUUCUUGUCCACAACGCAGUUGGAACAAAAAGUCAGUUUUCUUUUCACCGAGAUCGCUCACUUCAUUUCAAUAACAGUUGGGACGAAUGGGUCACGGACAAGCGCAUCUUCAAGUACAACGAAGAAGGCUUGCGAAAACAAAAAGAGUUGGAGCAACAAAUAAAAUCAGGCAAAAAGGUAAAAAUACUUCGCAAGUCGGACCUGAAGAAACAAUCCUAUCCACCGCCAGAGAUAAUGGAAGAGAUUGAACAAACUCUCAGACCAGUUGAGAACAAACAACAAGAAGUGAACCAACCAGAACCCAAAGUGAAGGUGAAGCCAUCUGAUGAACUCUCAAGUUUAUCCGAACAACCCAAACAAUCAACAAACACAACACCGCCACCGGAACCCGCACCUAUCAGCUCUAACAAGCCUUCGGAGCCCCCAAAACCCCCUUUACAAGAGGAGCAUGUCCCACCAGCAUCACAUACACCUGUGUCUAACAGAAGACGGAAAGGACGAACCGGACCACAUGAUGGCUCGAUAGAGAACGAGGAGGGUUUUUUGACUGCUCCUCAGCUGAAAGUGGAUCUGCCCUCCAGCUUAAAGGCUUGGCUCGUGGAUGAUUGGGAUCUGAUUACGAGGCAGGCCCGACUCUACGAACUUCCUGCUCCUUAUCCAAUAUCUUCAAUUAUGCUUGAUUUCCUGCAGUAUGCAAACACAAACGACGUAAAACCGGAGCCUUCAGAGAACAUGCCUGCACCACAGUGUAAAUUACCGAUCACUUCCGAUCUGCGGCAUGAAUUCAUUGCUGGCUUGCAGCACUAUUUCAACCAAGUCGUUGGAUCGCAGUUGCUAUAUAAAUUUGAGCGCCUACAGUAUGCAGAGCUGUUGAAACAGCAUACAGAUAAACGAAUGUCUGAUAUCUAUGGAUCUAUUCACCUGCUCCGACUAUUCGUAAAGCUGCGCGAAAUGGUCUCUUGCACGCGAGUCGAUCCAUCUGGGUUACCUGUUCUGGAAACAUUGGUCAAUGAGUUUUUGGAGUUCUUGCGCGCCAAACAGAAGACUUACUUCCGACUUGAGAACUAUACUGUUGCUACUGCAGAGUAUCAACGCCGCGCGAUGUGUUGAGAUGAUCCCCGGGAAUGUAAGGCAUUUAAACUCCCCUUGCUUUUCCUUUUAUUGUAAUCGUCUUGAGGUGGUUGCAAGAUUUUCUUACCUUUUUGUUACCGUGCACCUUCACCAAAUGUUUUCGAUAAAAAAUGACCACUGAGACAGCCUGUGUUGUUUAUGUACUUCAUUCAGCUGGGUUGGCUGGGAAAAUGUUUUCUAAUGGAACCGACAUGACAACAUUUGCAGUUUGUUAAAUCAUGUUUGUAUUCCGA